AGAUAUGUCAUUCUAAAUCCAAAAAGCAAUUUGUCAUUUGUCAACAUGGGCUUUUGCCCCAGUAAUCAACAGUAUACAAAACUGGAAUAUCAGAAAAACACUAACAUCUUGACGAAAAACAGUUCAGCACUAAAUAACAUGACAAAAGCUACUAUCAAUUUGAAUAAGAAUAUAAGUUUUUCCAAAGGAAGUGAAAAAAUGAAGUGACACCUUCCUCUUUUCAGUGUAAGGAGGAGCCUCAGUUUCUUUAAGAAUAGGUUCAACACUUUACAAACAAAUAUGCUGAGACUCCAACACUUGACAUGACACUGAAGAUGACACUAAUCUUUGUUUUUCUCCUGUUGUUGGAUCUACCAUGUCCAAACGGGCAGCAAAACAUUGAGGAGUUUGACACUAUUCUGCUGAGACUCACUUUCCCUUCGGCUUACAAUACUUACAACAAGUCCUGUUGUAAACUCUACUAUGGUGGCUGUUACCCGAUGCUGGAUACCUUAGGAUAUACCAUCGAUUUCUUUAGAGGUAGAGUCACAAAAACCGAAAGUGACGGUUGGAUUGAAUUCAAAAUAUCCAAAGCGCAGAUUCAGGACGCAGGCUACUACAGAUGUCAAGUGGUGGGAAUGCAAUACAUGUAUAUGGACUACAAUGUGCAGAUCACUGAAGUUAAAAAUCCUCGGAGUCUGUCUCGGCCCUUACGGACAACAACCAUCAAAACUGUCAAAUCGUCCACAUCCGUCCCAUCACCCUCCACUGGUUCUGUUCUGUCACAUGUGGAGCACAGCUCCUCCUGGAUCACUGGCCCCACUCUUAUUGUUGUUGUCUCCAUCCUGGUGGUGAUUGUGAUCGCUGGUGUUAUCUGCAUUGUGUGCUUCAAAAAGAAAUCUAAUAAUAAACAGUCUGACAAACAUGGAGAAACACUUUGUGAGUCACUGAAACAAGAUGCUGUGGACACGGGCAGCGUAGUCUACACCACGUUGAACUUCAAAGCUCAUAAGAAACCCUCAGUCGUCUAUGAGAACUCCAAAACGUGUGCAGGAUCCCCUGAGGUGGAGCAUCCUGACAGGGUGGAGUAUUCAACGCUGGCAAUUUACCAGAGAAUAUCAGUCUGAGGUAGUUCUACAAUGACCUAAUUUUAAUAGUUUUUUUGUUGUUGUUUUAUUUUUUUAUGAAUCCUACAUGUUUAUAUCUAAAUAUCAGUUCAGAAGUUACAUUUAGUGUUUGAAGCUAAAGAUCAGGCUGGCAUUUAAGAAGUGAUCUGUCUGAAGACCAACGUGGCUCUGUCUGACUCUGGGGAUGACAGCAAAACAAGUGUGUUCAAAGAGUGAGAUACGACUGUUAAAUCUCAGGUUAUGUCUUCUCAUCCACGCUCCUCCUCUGGAUGAUAACCUCUGCUAUUCUUAGUGCUGCCGCUCGAUAUUCUUUUCUCCACGUCUCUUUAUUCCACACUCUGUCACAAAAGAUAAAAUGUCACAGAAGAGAAAAUCAAAGGGCAGUGUAACGUGUGGGUUUUGACACAGAUCUGACGGUCCACAAUGUUCGAUUCUAAAGUUUUAAUAAGGAGCCGGUGUCUGAAGUCCUGGUCUCUGAUGGACUAGACUUUUCUUAUUCUUGUGACUUUUUAGUGCAAAUCUAGGCCGCUGAACUACUUCAACUAGUUCAACUGCCAUACUCCCAAGUAUUAUACUGUCUGUUGUAGUGGACACUGCUGUUAGGGUGCUGUUUGGUUUGCUCGGUCUGGACAGGUGUGAAAUCUCAUCUAAAAUUUGGUGCAGACCAACAGAUUGAUCUCAGUUCCGCCUCACAACUUGGGUCCUGGUUCAUUAAGGGAAUGUCCAAAGAGAGAGACUGAGAGAACCACAGAGGAGAGGUCACAAGAAAAAAAAAUCAUAAUAGUGCAAAAGUGCAUGGGGCAUGGACUGAUAGUUAUAGAUGGUCGGACGACAGAUUGUUGUUUUUUUAAAGAUUCCCACUUUGAUUCCGUCGGUCAAUGAUUUUUGCCUUUUGCUUUUUCGUUCCUGGCUUUUGAGCAAACUCCAAAUUUUUAUUUUAUGUUAUUAUUUCUAAUUAAAGAAGCCUUUUUAAAUGUAGUUUAAUUAAUGGAUUUUUAUUAUUAUUGUAAUGUUAUCUCUUUUAAGCAACACAAAUUUAGAAAGGUUUAAAAUCUCCUCUGUAAAUGUAA